GAUUCACGCUUGCUCUUCAUUUGUCAACAACUCGACGUUCCUUGUCACUUGACAGAAUCAAUGGUGCCAAACCCAAGCCAGGCACUUGCCGUCAUUCCGGGCAAUGCCCAGGGCCAGGUCAUCUUCUCAGAUGUUCCGCUAAGCUUCAUGAUGGGUGUCGACUCAAAGACCGGCAUCGUGGCAGAUGCACACCACCCCCUCCGCGGCGCAUCUCUCAAAGACUCUGUCCUCGUCAUCCCUGCUGGUCGCGGAUCCUGUUCCGGCAGCAGCGCAAUCGCAGAGCUGAUACUCUGCGGCAAUGCGCCCGCAGUCCUUAUCUUCAGGGACGUGGAGAUGAUUCUUACCCUGGGAGUUCUAGUGGCCGAGAAGAUGUUCGACAAACGCAUUCCGAUUGUCUUCCUUUCAGACGCAUCACAUUUCGAAUUCUUCCGUCAAGCUUCGACAGUGCGGAUCAACGAAACGAGCUUGGUGGUUUCACCAGGCGGGCACAAGAUUUACUUGGUGCCACAAAGCACAAAGACGUUAGAGUUGAAUCCAACCGACAAAGCCAUCUUGUCUGGCGAGAGCGGCGAAGCUUCUCGUAUCGCAAUGGAAAUCAUCGUAGACUACGCCACGAUACAGGGGGCGCAACGCCUGAUAGAUGUUUCUCAAGUCCAUGUAGACGCUUGUGCCUACGUCGGCGAAAGCAGUCUCCUCAUCCCUAAGCGCCUGCUUUCCCUCGGAGGAAAGUUUGUCGUACCAUCGACCUGCAACUCCCUGAAUGUCGACCGACAGAGGUGGAAGGAACUGGGAGCCAAGUCCGAUAUUUCUCAGAUAUCAGACAAGAUUGGAGAGACGUAUCUCAAGCUGGGCGCCAAGAUGAGCUUCACCUGCGCUCCGUACUUGCUCGAAAGUAAGCCCGUAGCUGGAGAGCAAGUCGGGUGGUCUGAGUCCAAUGCCGUAGUGUUCGCGAACAGUGUGCUGGGAGCACACACACAGAAGUAUCCUGAUUAUAUGGACGUUUUCAUUGCAUUGACUGGAAGGGCCCCUUAUGCCGGGUGUCAUAUGCCAGAAGGCAGGAAGCCGGAAGUCAUAAUCAAGGUCACCCAGAUUAGCGCAUUUGAUCCAUCGUUCUUCGCUCUUGUUGGCUACAGUAUCGGACAUGUGGUCGCCGCCAAGAUUCCUUUCGUCAUUGGAAUGGAGACGACACAACCGACCAUAUCGGAUCUGAAGGCAUUCGGGGCGGGGUUCGCAACGACUUCAUCUGCUCCCAUGUUUCACAUCAAUGGCAUCACGCCAGAGGCUGCAAGUUUCGGAGAUGCACUACCCAGUCUAGAAACCAUCGAGGUGACAGUUCCCAAACUUCAGUUGGCUUGGAGACAGCUCAAUACGGCCAUGGACCCUUCUGUCGAUAUCGUUUCUCUAGGAAAUCCGCACUUUUCCCUUGAAGAAUUCUCACAACUUUCCGAGGUGUGCCGCGGCAGACAUAAGGCACCCAAUGUCGCAGUCAUGAUCACCACUGGCCGUGAUACAUACAAAGAGGCCCUGAACCUCGGCUAUCUAGACGUUAUUGAGAGUUUCGGUGCCCGGCUGAUAACGGAUACGUGUUGGUGCAUGAUAGAGGAGCCGGUAGUUCCUCUGAAAGCAAGAAACGCUAUGACAAACUCAGCCAAAUAUGCUCACUACGGUCCUGGGAUUGUGGGCAAGAAUUUCCACUUUGGAGAUGUUGUCGCGUGUAUCGAGGCGGCAAGUAGAGGUCAUAGACAUGAUGAUGAGAUGAGCCCGCAGUGGCUUUUCCGGUGAUCCAUAGACUGUCAGAAUUACUCGCUCUGCAUCCAAGAAGUUAAAAGGAAAGAUAUAAUGAUCAUAGGUUCAAAACAACGGCAGUCGUAGACUAUCAUAUGAACUACAAACUCAAGCCAAGGUUGAGCAACUGCAAAAUGAGCAGUUCUCGUUAAAAUAGUAGGUUGAUCAAGUAUUGUCUAUUGCCGAAAGGUUCUUCGAGCACCAAUCAGAGUUGUCCUUGACGCCUCACGCAUCAAUUUAGUACCAAGAUCGUCAUACCUAAGGUAAGGUCGGUAGUCGCGGAAGCAGAUGACCGGUAAUUGCAUGAAAACUCAAGACUGACAACUCAGACACUAAACGAUGCACUGCCGCCGCGCAUUAAGCACGAGGCGGACGGAACGAGG